CUUUGAUUGAAAAGAUUUUGCAUUAGAUAUGCACGACGGUAGGUUCAAUGAAUUUCUACUUUAUCUAAAUUUCUACCUUAUCCAAAGAUGUAUUUUACGAAGAUGUACAUUUUAAACACAAUCGAUGAGAAAGGUUGUAGGAAUUCUUUUUAGACUUUAUAUGACAUUUAUUCUGAAACGAUUAUAUCUGAUAAAUAUAUCAAUAUAAGGAAUAACGAAGUAUCGAUAUCUCUUAUUUAUCAAAAUAUUUCGAAAUAAUAAUAAGAUCUUUAUAUAAAUAUAUAUGUAUACUAAAUUACUCGGAGCAUUAAUAUAAUUAAAUUAAGCAAGAAACAGAACACCAUAGUAGCGGUAUUUCUCUCACGAAAAUUAAACUUCUUCCUGGUACCAUUAGCAGGAUGUACAUCUGCACGUAGUCUUCAUGUGAGAGUAGUUUUAAUAAAGUUAGACAAAGAGAAAAUGGGAUACAACAAUGCGAAUGCAUACGGUAUUUUGCAAAUGCAUUGUGUAUGCGCAUGUAUUGUAAAUCUCAAGCCGUAUUUGCAUAUAUUUUAUCGGUGACAAUCAUUUACAUUAUCAUAGCAAUCAUAGAUACCGUUCACUAUAGUACGUAUAGUAUCGACUCCGUAAAAUAAUUCAAUCGCGUACAAUCAUUGAGGAUCGUUAAUUCCAGAGUUAAUGAAAAAAAAAAAAAAAAAAAAAAAAAAAGAAGAAGAGAAAAAGAUAUUAACAAAAUCUAUAUCAAUGAUAAAAAUAUGCGUUUUGUUAGUUCGUUGAAGAUUUUUUUUUUAUAAACUUCUUUCAUGUUUCCUUUUUAAAGGCUGCAUAGUCAGUCGAUUUUACAUCCUGGCCUCGUGGUACGUGCCAGAAAUAGACGACGGUUUCCCGUGUUAUAUACGACGCAGGGGGUGCAACGACAUUUGAAGAUCGUGAACGAACUCGUGAAACAUCCUCAGUUCGUCAAAAGUAUCUCGUUGUCACGGUUCUGCUUUUCUUUCGCAGAAAACUUUUAUUCUUUAACUCGUAUAUUCAAAUAAAAUUUUCAAAUACGAAAACAAUCGUGAUUAUCUUUAAUGAAACCUAUAAAGAUCGAGAUAUAUUGCUCGGUCAAUUUCGAUCGAGAGGAUCAAUGAACUACGCUUAUCAUCUGCUCUUUGAUUACGUGAAUUAAUCGCCAUUUAACCAAUUAGAGGAGAAUCAAAUUCGCGAGGGUUAAUCUCGAAUGAGUAGCUGCAAGAGAUUUUAAACUGUUCCAAUGUCUGCCGAGCAACACGUAAAUAAAUCGAUCAAUUAAAUCGUUGGGAAAAGGAUCAUGGAUAAAAAUUCUACUGGGCCAAUAAUCAGGAUGUCAUCAUCCGGAACUCAUGGAGCCGGAGGUAUCGAAUGUUGUUGCUGUAGAUGUUGCACCUGCAUACACAUCGAGUUCCUUAAAACUUUGCCGGGAGUCGUAAAAGUCUUCGAAACGGUAAUUAGCGGACUCAUUCAGAGUUUGUUAGUCAAUUACGGUUUAAGGUAUAGUACGUCCAUUGGAUCUGCCUUUGAGGGAUCUUUGACGACGUCCUCGGCCUGCUUUAUGAUAUCCACCGUUUUGUUGAUCUGCUAUGUAGUCUCAGAAAAAUCUUACAGACUUAUCCGUUCAUCACUUUUCGAAAUGAUGUUCAAUGCAUUGGCAAGCUUUUUGUACAUGAGUUCUGCCUCUUACCUCGCCUUUUCAACAAAGUUAUUUCUCUUGCCUGAGUAUUAUCUAAAGCCAGGAUUUGAUGUUUAUCCUGCUAUGACAGCAGCUUACAUUAUGAGCGGAGUCGUUGGAGUAUUACACGGAUUUGAUGCAUAUUUCUCCUUCAUUUAUUAUAAAACGGGCAGAUAGAUUUAAAUGUUAAUAGGACCGAAUUUGAUAAUACUGCAGAUCGGAACAUUUCAAUGUUGCACCUAAACGUAUUGAUUAGAACUCAGUCCAUAGAUAUUUAAUUAUAGAUAACAUCAAAACGUUUAGGCGUUAACGUUAAAAUAUCUCAUUAUGUAUAAGCAAGGUAUAGGAAAGAUCCCUUAGCCGGGGAUGACGAUUGAAAAUGAUGAGCGUUUAAAGAAUCAAGAAAAAUUUCACAAUUCCGACGAAUUUUCGUAUCCUCUCGUUGAUGGAAGAGGGCCGGUUUCGUUGUCGCAGGAAAUUGAUCGUAAAGUGGUACGAACAGUUUAUUUCAGAGCUAUUGAAAGUGAAAUAAAUUGUUUAAGUGCUCGGGCCCGGUGUCUCGAAGCGAGAGAAGGCAGGCGCGAACGUGCUGGUCUGUCUAGCUGGCCAUCUAGACGUUCUCUUUGCUUAUUCAUUGCUCACGGCUCACCAAAACGGUGAAAUUUUGCGCGCACAUGAAAGGAAAAGAGAAAAAGAAGAAGGUACAGACAGUAUAGAUAGAUAGAUAGAUAGCUAGUUAGAUAGAUAGAUAGAUAGAUAGUCAGGUAGAGAGAGAGAGAGAGAGAGAGAGAGAGAGAGAGAGAGAGAGAGAGAGAAAGCGUUAAUUGUUCGUGAAAAAAAACGGAGGACAACUCGAAUAGUCUCAUUCUAUUCCUCGAGUUGAAUGUAAGAUAAACAAUUAAUUAAUUAUCGCAAAGUUGGUACCUACGAGCAAUGCCUUUCCAACGAAGUUUCAUCCUGAUAAGAUAAAUUCUUAAUGCGGAACAAUAAAAUGAGAAUAAUCUCAAUAAAAGUUACUUGCAGAAUUUGUUUCGCGCACGUUUAUUCUAAUAGUAUUGGCGCGAAUAGCGUACCAUAUGCCCGAACGUUACUUAAUAUAAUAAAAGAGUAUUACUUUUAA